AUGGUGCUGAACCUCCGUCAUGCCUCCAAAGUUGUCAAGCGAAGUCUCCUUCGUGCUCAGCGCCGUGCAGAGUGUUUUGGAAUGACCUGGUACCGUGGCAAGUGCCUGACCCUUGCUGACUUUGCAAAGAUGGGAAUGCCGCCGACGCAAGCACUGGCACAGGCUCCGAGAACCAAAGAUGUUAUGAGCUGCCAUAGCCAUAAUAAACCCAAAAAACGCCUCACGUGCCUCAGCUGGAACGGUGGGGGACUUGCCUCAUCCAAGUUGGACGAAAUCAAAACCUGGCUUUGUUUGCAACAGGUCCAAGUAGCAGUUUUGACCGAGACCCGAUGGUCCUUCCAGUCCACAUGGAGUGACAAUGCCUGGCAUCACAUACACAGUGCCGAUCCCAAUCACCGUGGGUCGGGGGUCCUGAUCCUGCUCUCCAGAUCGCUGUGCCAUGCCAAUGACUUGCGCUGGAACGAGAUCAUCCCAGGUCGGCUUGUACAUGUGCGUGUCAUGAAUGCCACCAGAAAUCUGGACAUCCUGGGCUGCUACCAACAUGUGUACAAGAAGGAUAAGGAGCAACUUCAGAAAAGGGACAAAUUCUGGCAGACGCUGGAAACCCAACUGACCAUGUUACCUGGACGUAACACAGUUGCACUCAUGGGAGACUUUAACUGCUCCCUGCCCACUUCCGCUGGCGUGAGUGGUCCCAACUCCUACACCUGGAACCAGCAGCAGGCCGUCGGGACAUGUCAUCCUGACAGUUCACGACUUCUUCAGGUUUUAAGACAUGGAGGACUGGUUGCUUUGAACUCAUGGAACAGCAAAUUGGGGCCAACGUUUGUGCAUUUGCAGAAUCAUAGCAGAAUUGACUAUGUAUGCACGCGAUCACAGCUUGCUGAUGGUCGAGCCAGACAAGUUCAAUACUUAUGGAAUGCCCCUUUUGUCUCGCAAGGCAAUUCAGGUCAUGCCCCAAUUUUGUUCAAUUUGGCACUGUAUUGGAUUCCACCGCCUCAUGCCAAACUAAACCUGACCCCUAAUCAACGUGAGCGUGGCCGCCUGGCCAAAUUGGCAGAUAGCCCUGACUGGCAUGAUUUUUUGGCUGCCUGCGCUGGCCCUUUGACCAUUCAAUUGGACCAGGUUCUGACCUCAGACCUUCCUGAACUCAGUCAGACACAUGUUGUUGCCAUGCAAGAAUAUACGAAAGCCUUUCCUGCGGCAAGUGCUGUUUCGAAACCUGACCCAUGGCAAGCCAAUGAACAUGUUUUGACCAAAUGGGAACACCGCAGACUUGCUAAUUCCUUAAAAACCUGUGAUUUGCGCAGCUUGUUUCAUGGCUGGUUUCAUGUCAUGCGUUUCCUUUCCCUUCAUAAGAAACAUCGCAGGCAUGCAAUGCAGUUGAGACGCCAGAGAUUUGCAGAGACAGUGCAGGAAGCCCAUGCUGCAGCCUUGCAUUUUGACACCAGAAAGCUGUUUGACAUCAUCAACCGACACUCCCCCAAAGUGCCACGACGCCGUAUGCAAUUGAGGAAUAAUCAUGGUGCCUUGAUGACCAUCUCAGAGGAGCGUAGUUUGUUGAUCAGCUUUGUUCAGACUACUUGGGCGGGAACACCCAUGCCAGCCUUCACAUGUGAUGAGCCUCCAGGAGUCCCCUUUGACGUGGGUGAGUUAGCUGCUGCGUUGAGUAGGAUUCCCUCAUGUAAGGCUGUUGCCCCACCAUGUGCCCCUGGUAUAGUCUGGAACUCAUUGGCCAAUACUAUUGCUCCUUUGCUUCAUGCCAUUUUGACACAAUGGUGGGGCACUUGCCAGCCGUGGAUCCCUGAGCAGUGGCGAUCGGGUUGGUUGCAAUUGAUCCCCAAACCGACGAAACCUCCAGUUCAACCUUGCAAUUUGAGACCGUUAGCCAUGCAAUGCCCCCUGGGCAAGGCGGUCCUUGGGCUGCUCAUCCAGAUUGCUGCUGCCCAGGCAGAUGCUGAGUUCAGUUUGCUCUUCGAAUUGCUGGCUGAAUUUGACCUGAGCCUGAAUCCACAGAAAUCCGUGGCCAUUCUGCAGAUGACUGGCUCCCAGAGCCGCAAAAUGCGUGCUUUGCACACGCAACGAGAUCAGCAUGGCGAGAGGUUCCCAGCCAAGAUUACCUGUACCAUUGUGCUACUGCCUGGUCCAGAUUUCUGCCUACAGAAGCCAGCUGUGCUGCCAAUGAUGUCAAGCACUCCAUCUCAAAGUAGCCAGACCCAUUCGACAGGCACACGCCUCUUGACAGAAACCGACCUGGACCUCUUGCGUAGCAAAUCCUGGGGCGACAGUGUUUUGCAUAUGAUUGCCACCGACACUUUGCACAAUUUGGAACAUGAAUGGGAGGCUUGCCAGUACCUCUCCAAGCAAUGCUUCCUUUGUGGAUUGCAGCUGUCACGUACACAGGACAUGAAUCUCCACUAUCGCACUGAACAUGCUGCACAUUGGAACAAUGUACCCAGCAAGGCAAUGAUGCUCACCAACCUUCACAGCUCUGAAAGCCCUUGCCCACAUUGUGGGGGAUGUUUCAAAAAGCACCAGUGUCCAGUCUGGACUCAAAUUGCAGUCAUGAUCUUGAAUGGUGGAGGACUGAUGCAGCCUGAACCCAUGGAAGUGGCACCAACGCACCGUUGCGACUUUUGCUUGGCACCCUUCACAGAUGCUGCUCAGCUGACACAACAUCUUCAGGCCUACACCCGUGCUGGUGACCUUGCCAACCAUCUCAUGACCUGCCAUUCGAGGCAGAUUGGCAUGAUGUUCCACCGCCUGCAGAGUGGACUUUUCAUGCCGGUGCAGAUUCCUGAUGCUGUCUUACAUCAGAUGGUGCAUCACUCAAUUCCUGAUGACAUCAAACAGAGAAUUGCUCGAGUUUUCAUUGACCGCUCAUUUUCAGACUUGUGGACUACCCAGGCCAUGAAGCAGAUUCUGCGCUCCUGGUGUAUUAUGUGCGGCCAAGAACAUCAUCCAGGGUUGCUGUGCAGACACCUCCAUGAGGCCCAUGUCAUUGGUCACCGCUUUGCUGAUUUUUACAAUGAAGCACUGUUGCCAAUCUUGAUGCAUGAGAUUCAGCCUGACCACUGCUGCACGUUAUGUGGACAAAUUUUCAACUUGCCAGCUCUGACACCUUCAGAUGCCUCUGCAGCAGGGAGAUUGGAACUGGUUCAAGUCCACCUACGUGGCAAUUGCCCGGGCGACUUGGCCAUGAGUGGUUGGGACGAGGGCGCCUUGGGCCAGAUCAGAGAGACAUUCCAGUUUCUUCAGCUGAUCUUGGACAAGGGCUUGGCACUGACACCAAAUCCCAGAGCACCGAAGCAGCGCCGCACAGAUCAACAAAAGGGGCAACAGGCAGAUCCAGAUCAGCCCGAGCACGACCCCCAGUUCAACCUGAUGAGAUACCUUCAGCUUCUGGGGCUGAUGGCUCUGCGUCAAGAACACAGCUUGAGCGUCUUGCAAAGCACAGACUCUUUUAUCCUCUUCUUCCAGCCGGAGGAGGGGGGAACACUGCAGGGGCUCAUUGCCGAGACCAAGAAAUGGACCCAACAACGCCAACAGGGACCCCAGCAGCCCCAAACCCCGCUGAGACAGCACCUGAGUCAAUGGAUGCUGACAGACUUGCUGAACCGUGCCACCAAGGUUUCGAAGUGCAAGCAAGGGGAUCAAGUCCUCCAGGCUUGUCUGGACAAGAGGUUGCUGUUGGAGGAUCUGAGCUGGCCGUACCUACGUUGGAAUGCGGAACAAAAGGCUCUGGUAGUGGACAAGAAGAAGUCUGUCACAAUGCCGAAAAUGCUGCAGCACCUGGAGGAGCUGAUCCAGGACUUCCGGGAUCCUGGCCUGGUGCUCAAGUUCCAGAGCCUGCAGACGAGCCAGGCCCAAACAGAGCGACAGACCCUACGAGCUGCUGCUGGAACUUUGUCACUCAUCCAUCUGGCUGCUGAUGGGAGCAACACUGCGCCCUCAUUCACCCAAACCGAGCAAUUUGGCCACCCAAGUGAGGAACAUGAUGCCCAAGACAAAGGGCCAUGGGAAAGGCAAGAAUCACAACAAGACCAGGGGCGCUGCUUGACUGAGACUGAGAUUUGCUCUCUGUGCCAUUUGGCUGUCGCACUGACGUUUGCAAAUGAUAGCAAUUGGUGCUUUGCCAAUGUGACGCUGUAUUGCCUUUUGUGGGCUUUGCUUAGCCUGAAGCCUACUGAUGCCUCUUCCUGGGGACCACGCUUUGAGCACUUGGUGCAACUUUUGCAAAACAGUUUGAAUCAUGAAGUUCAAUUGAUUGACCUUCCUUGGUUUGCACACCUGCUCAAAGAUUUGGGGCGCACACCUGCCCAGCAGGACUGCAGCGAGUUUGUUCACAUUUUGCUGCAGUGGGUUUCAUCACCAGCAAUUGACAUGAGCUGGCAUCGACGAUGCGAAACAGAUGCGGGCACCAUUGUAUCUGAUCAAAGUCAAACAUGCAUGCCAUUGUUCUUGCAAAUCCCUGCAAACCUUGCAUUUCAGACCAAUUGCACCCUUGAAGAUUUGCUGCAGCACUGGUGUCAGGUUGAUGGGAUGAGAGCUGCACUGCUGAAGGCUGCCAAGAUUAUAUGCAUUCACGUGGACAGGCUGGUCUCAACCUCCGGGCAGAUUGAGAAAAGCAGUUGCGCCAUUGAUGUUGAUACUGGAAUUGCAAUCCCGCACUUUAUUGAGGAUGCAUUGCAACAGGCAACAGCAGAAUAUGUUUUGAUUGCGGCAGCGGCCCAUUUGGGCAUUGAUGCCGCUGGUCAUUAUCAGGCGAUCCUCAAGGUACGACCUGCUGUGAUUUCCUCCUCCUGCGCAGUCCAAUGGCUGAUCACUCAAGAUCAUUGCAAGCCACAACCUGUUUGGGAAGUUCCGUAUAAUCUCAAACAGAAUUUGAAUGUGUUGUGGCUCAUGCGUGCAGACAGCUUGCGACUGCCGGGAUAUCACUGCGAUUCAGAGACCACUGCGAUUGAACCUGACGCAGAGGAGGCACUGGAGGAGAACCUCUUAAUGCUGCUUCGAACAUCCACUGCUGAAGCAUCGAUUGCGCCAUCCAGCACCACGACGUGA